AUGAAAAAUAUCCAAAAAAAACAUAGAAAAAAUCAUAACAAUAGAUCAAGAAAGUAUCAAGAUGAACCAAAUGUUAAUCGUAGUGAUUCAAGAAGAAAUCAUGAUAAUGAUUUAGAAAAAAGACAUGAAAAUUUAUCAAGAAUGAGGAAUUAUGAUGAAUCAGAUAUCAUUU